GAUUCUAAAAUCAUCAAUUCAUGAUUAUAUUCAACCCUCACCAAAUGUUCUCCAGUUCAAUCAUUUCAUCAAUGGCUUCCCCCAAAUGGGUCUCUUUGACUUUCAUACUCUCUAUGUUUAUGCCACUACCCAUUUCCUCAAACCAAUCUUUGAGCCCAGAACCGGAGCUGGCUCAAAUCCCAGUCUCGUUUCUUGAACACGCUAAAAGACCCGAGCUUUUUGAUCGUAUGGUGAGUAUCAGAAGGAAAAUCCAUGAAAACCCAGAGCUUUGUUACGAGGAAUUUGAAACCAGUAAGCUUAUCAGAGCUGAACUUGACCGGCUGGGCAUCCCUUACAGAUACCCUUUGGCUGAAACCGGCGUUGUUGGCGUUGUUGGGACUGGUGGUCCUCCCUUUGUUGCAAUCAGAGCAGACAUGGAUGCUCUGGCUAUGCAGGAGAGUGUGGAGUGGGAGCACAAGAGUAAAUUUGCAGGGAAGAUGCAUGGAUGUGGACAUGAUGGUCAUGUUGCCAUGCUUCUUGGAGCUGCCAGUUUACUUCAAGAGUAUCGCCACGUAUUACAGGGGACUGUUGUUCUUGUUUUCCAACCAGCUGAGGAAGGAGGUGCAGGAGCAAAGAAAAUGAUAGAAAACGGGGCACUGGAGCAUGUCAGUGCCAUCUUUGGGUUGCAUCUUGCUUCUGACCACCCCAUUGGUUCAGUAGCCUCCAGGCCUGGCCCUCUAUUGGCUGCGAGUGGAUUUUUUGAAGCCUUGAUAAGUGGGAAGGGGGGUCAUGCUGCAAUUCCACAGCACACAAUAGAUCCUAUCUUGGCUGCUUCCAAUGUUAUUGUUAGUCUGCAACAUCUUGUUUCACGUGAAGCUGACCCCUUAGAUUCACAGGUUGUGACUGUUGGAAAAUUCCAAGGAGGUGGUGCUUUUAAUGUUAUUCCAGAUUCUGUUACAAUUGGGGGUACCUUCAGGGCAUUUUCAAAGGACAGCUUUUUUCAACUUAAAGAAAGGAUCGAAGAGGUUAUUACUAGACAAGCCAGUGUUCAGAGGUGCAAUGCAACUGUCUUGUUCAAUGAAAUUGCAAAACCCUUCUACCCUGCAACUAUAAAUGACAAAAAUUUGCAUGAGCACUUCCAGAAAGUUGCAGGGGAUUUGCUGGGUUCUCAGAAUGUUCUUGAGAAGAAACCACUUAUGGGGGCAGAAGACUUCUCAUUCUAUCAAGAAGUAAUUCCAGGGUACUACUUCUUUCUUGGUAUGAAGAAUGACUCUCAAGGACAGUUCAAACCAAUGCAUUCACCAUAUUUCAGAAUAAACGAAGACGUGCUCCCAUAUGGAGCUGCAUUCCAUGCAUCACUGGCCACCAGGUACCUCCUGGAAAACCAACCGAAAUCUACUUCAACGUCAGACCAAAAAACAGAAUCUACUUCAACGAAAGGGAACUUCCGUGAUGAACUGUGAAGUGACAGGAAUCUGGGAUGAUUAGGAUCGAUUAGUUUUUGAUUCGCAUUUUCCACAUGUAAAGCUGAGUGGUAUAAAUAAUUUCAGCUAACCUGUAGAUGUAGAAGUGAUUAUAUCGGCACAAUCAUCAAUUUCCAGGCCAAGGUUGAGGAAUGAUAAUUUCUUUUCCCCAAGUUACAAACUUACAACUUC